GGUCAGGAAUUCGACAGAGAUGCGAACCAGACUUGACCAGUUGAGAGUGGUUUAAGAAGGUAGUCUGUGGCAUUCAAGGCCCUGUACGCUUCCCAGAUAUAAAUAAGUGCAAAAGAUCUUACUUGGUUCAUGCAAUAACAAGGUAUUGGUUGACCGUCGGUUUUGCACGUUCAACACGAGCCAUCUACAACUGAAGCAAGGUAACAGAACUGCUCCAAAGCCCUGCGAAGGUUCAGGCACAGCAGGAGUAAUACAUCAUUCUUGAGAAGCUGCUUUGCUGGAGAGAAACUGAAAACCGUUAGAGAACAGGAUUCUUCCCACUCCAGUUUGGAGUUUCAUUUCUAUCAGCUGCAAUUACCAUGACUGCCUUUUAGGGUUCAAUCAUGUGAUUGUGAUGGAGAUAUCUGCAGUAUAAUCCAAACAGCAACUGGACCCAUUUUAUGUAGCUUUGCAAUGGUAUUAAUCCUGUUCUCAAGAUCGAGGAGUCCGAAUAAUUUGCCACGACUGGAAUAUUCAGUUGACCGGCGCUCUUGUGGUGAACAGGAGGCUUCUGCUCAUUUCAUCAUCUUUGGUGUCCUGUUUUGUUUUAGUGGAAUGCUGCUCACUACCAUUGGAAUUUGGGUUGUCUCCUGCCCUGAGAGCACGGAUGGUCAAAGUUCCAACUUAACAAUCAAAGUUAACGAAAAUGAGAAAUGUAAACUCUUGUUUUUGCAAAUCAUGGGCCCAGCGGUAACAUUUGUUGGCAUUUGCUUUCUGUUGAUGGCUCAUGCCAAAAGGAAGGUAGCAUUAAGUGCUGCUGAAGAAAGUACAUCUACAAAUGAUCAGCAGCCUUAUGUGUUAGGACCAUGUCAAAUUGCAACAGAUAGCUCAGGGUUUGUUCUUCCACUACCACCGCCUUACUUCCCCAACCCACUGGUAAAUGAUGUCGAUCAUCCUGCAUCUAGAGAAGACCCUCCUUCUUAUUUCAAUGUCAUCUCCUGCAGAGCAGAAGAGCAGCAAGGUGAUUUACGAGGCACAUUGGGAGCUGAUGAAGUUCCUGAUAGCAUUCCACCGCCUUCAUAUGAUGAAAUCUUCCCUGUGGAAAACGAGGAUACUUCUGAACUUUAGCUUCACCAUGAUUCUAAAGCUGCAAUAAUGGGAUUUGAAUAUGUUUGUGGUUGUUUCUCAUGUACUCUAUUUUUCCAUUCGGUAUUGCUCAGUAUUUCUUGCCAGGUGCCAAGAGAAAUGAUUUGUUUAUAGCAUAGAGAGAAUUGGAAAUGAUUCUUUAGGAGCUGUUUUACCCUGGGAUUACUUUUCACACCUUGAUUAAUCGCAUAUUGCAGAAAAUAACAAAUCCCAAUGCCAGAUGUACACCAUUUCUGAAGUAAUUUUGUACUCAUUUGUUUGAAUGAAAAAUAAACAGUCUAUCAUAA